AUGGCGACCAAAGACGUUAUCUCGCCCAACGACGAUGUUGAGGUUGCGACCAACUACUCCAAGACGGGAGACCAGGACGCUGACCACAAUGGCGAUUUGCUGACGUCGGCUGAGGAGCGCGACCUGCGACGCGGCCUCGAGCAGCGACACUUGUCGAUGCUGGGAAUCGCCGGUGCCAUCGGCACGGGACUCUUCCUCGGCCUCGGUGGAGCCAUCCAGACGGGCGGUCCCCUCGGCGCGCUUCUUGGCUAUGCCACCAUCGGUUGUGUUGUGUUUGCCGUUCAAUUCGCCCUCGGAGAGGUAGCAGCCCUUCUGCCGGUCACCGGUGCCUUUGUACGACAUGCCGAGUUCCUCGUCGACCCGGCCUGGGGCUUCGCCAUCGGAUGGAACCUCGUCUACGGCAACCUCUUGUCCAUCCCGGCCGAGAUCACGGCCAUUUGCGUCUUGUUCCAGUUCUGGACCGACGUCAACUCGACCGUUUGGAUCGUCACCUUCAUCCUGCUGACGUUCCUCGUGGGCAUCGCCUUUGUGCGCGUCUUCGGUGAGGUCGAGUUCGUCUUCGCGCUGCUCAAGAUCGCCCUCGUCAUCUUCCUUAUCAUCCUCGGUCUCGUCAUCGACCUCGGCGGCGUGCCCGGCACCGAGCGGAUCGGCUUCCGCUACUGGAACGACCCGGGGCCCUUUGUCGAGUACAUCGGCAAGGGCGACUGGGGCAAGUUCCUCGGCUACUGGAGCGUCAUGUCGACGGCCGUCUUCUCCUUUGCCGGCACCGAGUCGAUCGCCAUGGCGGCGGCCGAGACGCGCAACCCGCGCCGCGCCAUCCCGCGCGCCUGCAAGCGCGUCUUCAUCCGCAUCGUCCUCUUCUACCUGCUCGCCGUGCUCGUCGUCGGCAUGCUCGUGCCCAGCAACGACCCGCGCCUCGACGACGCCUACGGCACCGCCGCCCAGAGCCCCUUUGUCAUCGCCGCCUCGGCCGCCGGCAUCCGGGCCAUCCCGAGCGUCGUCAACGCCGUCGUCAUCACCUCGGCCUGGUCGGCCUCCAACCAGAGCCUGCUCUCCGGCACCCGCGUGCUGUACAGCCUCGCCCUCAAGGGCCAGGCCCCCCGGGUCUUCCUGCGCACCACCUCCUGGGGCACGCCCUACGUCUGCGUCCUGCUGUUCACGGCCUUCAUGUUCCUCAGCUUCAUGAGCCUGUCCAACGGCGCCAUGACCGUCUUCUGGUGGUUCGUCGACCUGACCUCGGCCGGUGUCCUCGUGUCCUGGUCUAGCAUCCUGUUCAACCACAUCCGCCUCAAGCUCGCCAUGAAGAGGCAGAACAUCCCCGCCGAGAAGCUCCCCUGGCACAACGCAUGGACCUUCUACACAUCGUGCGCCGCGCUCGUCAUGUGCCUCACCAUUCUCUUCACGAGCGGAUUCUCCGUCUUCACCAAGGGAAACUGGGACACGGCCGGCUUCAUCUCCUCGUACCUGGAUAUCCCGCUCGUCACCGGAGCCUACCUCCUCUGGAAGGUGCUCAAGAAGACGCGGUUCGUGUCGCUCGACAGCGUGCCCCUGGAUUCGGCCUUUGAGCAGGUGGACCUGAACCCAGAGGAGCCCGAGGUUGAGGAAAAGGGCUGGAUCAGGGCUGUCAGCUGGAUCUGGAACUAA